GACGUGAGGAAGGUGGGUUAUUUGCGCAAGCCCAAGAGCAUGCACAAGCGCUUCUUCGUGCUGCGGGCGGCCAGCGAGUCGGGGCCUGCCCGGCUGGAGUACUACGAGAACGAGAAGAAGUGGAGGCACAAGUCGGGGGCUCCCAAGCGCUCCAUCCCGCUGGAGAGCUGCUUCAACAUCAACAAGCGGGCUGACUCCAAGAACAAACACCUGGUGGCCCUCUACACCAAGGACGAGCACUUUGCCAUCGCCGCCGACAGCGAGCCAGAGCAGGAGAGCUGGUACCAAGCCCUGCUGCAGCUUCACAACCGGGCCAAGGGCCACCACCACCACCACCACCACAGUGAUGUUGCCUUCGGGGGCACUGGGGUGGGGCUGGGGGAGGCGGGGGAAGACAGUUACGGCGAGGCGGUCCCCGGCCCGGCUUUCAAGGAGGUGUGGCAAGUGAUCCUGAAACCCAAGGGCCUGGGCCAAACCAAGAACCUGAUUGGCAUCUACCGCCUGUGCCUCACCAACAAGACCAUCAGCUUUGUGAAGCUGAACUCGGACGCGGCUGCCGUGGUGCUGCAGCUGCUCAACAUCCGCCGCUGCGGCCACUCGGAGAAUUUCUUUUUCAUCGAGGUGGGGCGCUCGGCAGUGACGGGGCCUGGUGAGUUUUGGAUGCAGGUGGAUGACUCGGUGGUGGCACAGAACAUGCACGAAACCAUCCUGGAGGCGAUGCGAGCCAUGAGCGAGGAAUUCCGGCCUCGCAGCAAGAGCCAGUCGUCCUCCAACUGCUCCAACCCCAUCUCUGUGCCCCUCCGCAGCAGACACCAUGUCAAUAACCCCCCGCCCAGCCAGGUGGGGCUCAGCCGCAGGUCCAGGACUGAGAGUGUCACUGCUACCUCUCCUGCUGGUGGCGGAGGGGCAGGUGGCAAGCCCAGCUCUUUCCGAGUCCGAGCAUCUAGUGAUGGGGAAGGCACGAUGUCCAGGCCUGCCUCUGUGGAUGGCAGCCCGGUUAGUCCCAGCACCAACCGGACCCAUUCUCACAGGCACCGCGGCAGUUCUAGACUUCAUCCUCCGCUAAACCACAGCCGCUCCAUCCCGAUGCCUUCUUCACGCUGCUCCCCUUCAGCCACCAGCCCAGUCAGCCUGUCAUCCAGCAGCACCAGCGGCCAUGGCUCCACCUCUGACUGCCUCUUUCCACGCCGGUCCAGUGCUUCGGUCUCUGGUUCGCCCAGUGAUGGCGGAUUCAUUUCUUCUGAUGAGUAUGGCUCCAGUCCAUGCGACUUUCGAAGCUCCUUUCGCAGUGUGACCCCAGACUCUCUGGGCCACACCCCUCCAGCCCGAGGGGAUGAGGAACUCAAUAACUACAUCUGCAUGGGGGGGAAAUCUGCCUCCUCUUGCUGCAGCCUGGCAGCUCCCAAUGGUCACUUUGUGCCUCGCCCCUGUCAUCCGCAGCAGCAGCAGUCUCGCUACCCUGGCACCCCAUGCUGCUCCCGGGCUGGUGGUGAGGAGGGAGCGGAUCUAGAGAAAGGCUUCAGGAAGCGGACUCACUCUGCGGGCACUUCACCCACCAUCUCCCACCAGAAAACACCCUCGCAGUCUUCAGCGGCAUCCAUUGAGGAGUACACAGAAAUGUUGCCUUCCUACCCCUGUGGUGGCAGCCGCUUGCCAUCCUACCGGCACUCAGCUUUUGUGCCCACUCAUUCAUAUCCUGAGGAGUGUCUGGAGAUGCACCACCUGGACAGCAGCCAUCAUCGGACUAACUCCGCCCCUCACACCGAUGAUGGCUACAUGCCAAUGUCGCCUGGAGUGGCCCCUGUGCCCAGUGUUGGUGGCAAUCCCAAAGGUGGAGAUUACAUGCCCAUGAGCCCCAAGAGUGUGUCAGCACCACAGCAGAUCAUCAACCCAGGCCGGGGAGGUCGCCAUCCCCAGGCCAUGGUGGACUCCAAUGGCUACAUGAUGAUGUCCCCCAGUGGAAGCUACUCACCUGAUGGUGGCCCUGCUGGCUAUGGCAAAAUAUGGACUAAUGGGGCAAGCCAUCACCCAAAGCUCUCGGUAGAGAGUAACGAAGGGAAGUUGCCCUGUGGUGGCAGUGAUUACAUCAACAUGUCUCCAGCCAGUGGCUCCACCACCAGCACCCCACCUGACUGCUACUUUGCCAGCUCAGGGCCACCAGGUACAGAGGAGGCCCCUGCACAGGGCCCAGCCCAAGCUCACCACAAGCCCAUCUAUUCCUACUUUUCCCUGCCGCGCUCUUUCAAACAUGUGCAACGCAGGACUGCAGCAGUGGCUGAGGACAGUGGCCUCCAGCUGCGCAUAUCCCUCAGCUCUGGCCGCUUGCUCUAUGCUGCUGAGGACUCAUCCUCCUCCACGAGUAGUGACAGCCUUGGUGGUGGCAGUGGCCAGGACAACAGUCAUCAUCACGCACAUCCCUUGCAGCAACAGCAGCCGCAACUGCAGCCGCAGCCUCCACACAAGGUCGACACAGCUGUUCAGACCAAGAGCCGCCUGGCCAGACCUACACGCUUGUCUCUGGGUGGCCCCAAGGCUAGCACCCUGCCCCGGGCUCGGGAGCAACCACCACUGUUACUGCCCCCAGAGCCCAAGAGCCCCGGGGAAUAUGUGAACAUUGAGUUUAUCUCAAGUGAGAAGCCAGUCUUUCCAUUGCCUGGCUCGGCCACCCUAUCUCUUGGCUUACCCCCAGCAGGGGAUGAGGGUUCUGAGGAGUACAUGAAUAUGGACUUGGGGACGCCACGGGCUGCCUGCCAAGCUGGAUACUCAGCUGCACGGACAGGAACUGUGGCUCGGCCUGGCCGAAGGGCAGCUAUGAGCAGCCGGGAUUACGUGGCUAUGCAGUUGGGGGGGGGUGUUGGGGGACCCUGCCUGGACUGCGUUGAUAGCCCUUCCCCAUCAUCCUCAGACCUCCUGCUCAGUUAUGCUGAUAUGCGGACAGGUCGUGCUGGCCCAGAGAAAACGCCUUCUGCAGCCCUGGCGUCCCCUGAGCCACGACCACCAGCUGAGUUGGCAGCAGCCCCACCACGCUCCUCCUCCCUGAUGGGAGGUCCAGGGGUGAACAGUGCUUUCACCCGGGUCAGCCUCAGUCCCAAUCGCAACCAGAGUGCCAAAGUGAUCCGGGCUGACCCACAGGGAGGCCGGAGGCGGCACAGCUCGGAGACUUUCUCCUCCACUCCCAGCUCUGCCCGUGGAGUAGCAGGCAGUACUGGUUUGAAUGCACCUUUACCUUAUGGGGCUGGAGGUGUAGGGAGUGCCGAGGAGGUCAAGCGCCACAGCUCGGCCUCCUUUGAGAAUGUUUGGCUCCGGCCUGCAGGAGGGGACCUGGGCGGGCCUCUGGGUACUACCAGGAAAGAACAGCAAGUUGGAGCUGGGAGUGGUUUUGCGAAUGGACUCAAUUACAUUGACCUGGACUUAGUGAAGGAUUUUAAUCACCGCCGCCACCUCCACCAACCCCAAGAGGGUACCUCUAUGCUGGGGGGGAAGCAGCCACCACCACAGCAGCAGACUAAGUCCCCUAAUCAGCCUCGUGGGAGUAACCACUCCAGCGAUGAUUCAAAUGCAUAUGCCAGCAUCAGCUUCCAGAAGCGGGAGGAUAUCUAGUAGCUGGGCAAGAGCCAGAAAGAAGAAUGAUGACCUAUACAACCUCAGCAUAUCCUUCUUGUAACUCAUGGGUAUCAAGACUAUAAAUGUUUCAUGUAUCACAACUAGGACCUCACAUCCUCUUCCUCCUCCUCCUCUGUAGAUGGGUACGAUGCAUCCAGUUCAGUUUGUUUACUUUACACAAACCUCAGGAGUUCGUUGACUGAACUGCACAUUCUUUGUUGUGCCAAGCAAAAGCACUGUGACACCUGGACAAUGAGUCUUUUACUUCAUCCUCUGCUAUACAGACUUAGCUGGCCACAAUGAACUGAUGUGCCCACCACUGUGUCAUGGUGAGAAUGAGUAUUUUACUAGCACAUUUACACAAUACGUUAAACUUCAUUUGCUGCUGAAAAUCUAUAUGACAAAUCAUCAUUGUAAAUUAUUACAUACAAACUGUUAAUGUUGGUUGAAGAGUAUUAAAUAUUUAACAUAGGUUUUGAUUUAUACAUGUACUUUUUUUAAUUAAAACGUAACUUUUCUUACAGCACAUCUUUUUUUGAUGUGGAACUGAGGUAUACUAUAUUCUGUUGUAAACAGAGUGGGGAACCUGCUUAAAACAAGACUUCUAAGAAUAGAGUAGGGUACUAUUCUUGUUUUAAGAUUGUAUUUCAGAAAAUAAUAUAAUAUGAAUCAUUGGCCCUUGGGCCUUGAUUGUACAGUCAUAUUUACUGAUACUGUCAGUUGUAAAAUAACCCUGAUGUUGAGCUGAGUUCUUUCCAAAAGAAACAUAAUUUUGUACGCCUGUAAAAUAAUAGUCUGUAAUAACAAAAAUGAAGACAAAUGUACUGUACAUGGUAUUUACAAGUGUCAACUUGAAUUCAUCAGUUGCACAGGAUCAUAAGAAAAUCAGAAAAAAGAAAUCAGAGUCUUCCAUUGUAUAUAUUGUAAAAAAAACCAAAACAAAAAAACCAAAACAAAAAAUGAAUGAAUUCUUCAAAACUUUCCCUGGAAUGAAAAAUGUGGGUGUUUGUAAAUUCUGGAAAUUUCUUUCUAUGUGUAAUAAACUAGAUACUGUUUUAUCUGC